AUGGCUCGGAGUCUGCGAAGGGGGCAUCUGGUCGAUGACAAGGCUUUAAAUACUCUUUCCACCGUAGAUUUCGAAGCACAUUUUAAAGCAAAAAAAUAUAAAAAUAGAUCUAAAUUUUACUUGGUCGAGAGAUUGAUUGGCCAGAGAAGAUCGAAGAAUGAGGACUUUGACUACCUCGUGAAAUGGAAGAAUUGGCCUCCACGGACCAGUACACGAGAACCUUCAGCUCAUUUGAGUGGGCAACUUAUCAGGUACGAGAUUAAGUUUGUUUUCGGGAAGUCUCCUGUCUCCGUGGAAAGGGUACAGAGUGUGUCAACUUCGUUUCUGCAAGGCAUCCUAUCUAUCCUUAGGUCGAACGCAAUCAAAGUUAAUUAUUCCUCUGAGUUGAGAGUGGAUCAUGAUAUUGUUAGAUAUGUUAUUAGAAGGAAAGAUAAAAAAGCACACGAUGGAGUUAGCAUUUUGUAUGAAAAGGACGAUUUUUCUCGCCUAGAACUACCUCAAUAUUGGUGGUAUUAUUUAAAUGAACUUAGAGAAGGAAUAGCAGUUGACUUUCCUAUUAAGUUAAAAACUGUUCUCACUUAUUUAAAACAUAGGCACGCUAUGCAUGCAAGAGUUACUUUUUCAGAUGGGUGGAUUAAUCGAAACAUUGCUAAAUCCAUGUCGAAUUCCCAGUCAGGAUGA